UCUGGAGGACUUCGUGUGUGUUGUCGUGCGUGUGUUGGUAUCUGGCAGCAGCGUUCCAUCCGUGCGUAAAGAGAUCCGUCAAACGCAGACAGAGUGAAGGGAAAAGUAAAUAACGCCUUUGAAUUUAAUGGACCGGUGAAAACAACCUGGAUUACAUCUCGGAGCACCUUUCACUCGUUGGACGCUCGCGCAUCCUGUUGAAUAUUACAUUUGGGGUCAGCCAGAGCGGUCCAGAUGUUAAUCCACACCUAUUCGGCAAUGGAGCGCGCAGAUGGACUCAGCGGCUCUUCGCCGAGUGGGCGACUCUCCCAACUUUCUUCCCUGAACCAGGCCGCCUACUCCUCGGCCCCCCCGCUCUGUCACACUCCGGCCUCCGACUUCCAGCCUCCGUACUUCCCUCCCCCUUACCCCCAGUCCUCUCUGCCGUACUCCCAGAGCCAGGACUCGUAUCCCCACCUGUCAGAUCCGUACACUUCCAUAAAUUCCCUCCAUCAGCAUCAGCAAGUGGCGUGGCACUCGCAGAGGUCGCGCUCCGACGACGGGGGACUCCUUUCACAGUCACACCGGGCUCUUAGCCUCGACCCCCGGCGGGAGUAUUCAGCUGUCCCUCGGCUGCUGCACGGUCUGGGUGAAGGAGCUGCCGCUCUCGGGGACGGUCCCCUCGGGAUGCACAUGGGACAUCACGGCCUCGACGAUCUUCAGGGAAUGGAGGAAGGAUCAGCCCUGGGCAUCCUCGACCACUCUGUCAUUAAAAAAGUUCCCAUUCCGUCCAAGCUGAACGGGUCGUCCCUGUCCAUCUUGUCCCUGGGUAAGGACGGCCUGGGGAUGGGAUCCGUGUCCAACCCGGCCGAGGUGUUCUGUUCGGUCCCGGGUCGCCUCUCGCUGCUCAGCUCCACCUCCAAGUACAAGGUGACGGUGGGGGAGGUGCAGCGACGCCUCUCUCCACCUGAGUGCCUCAACGCCUCCCUGCUGGGUGGAGUCCUGCGCAGGGCGAAGUCAAAGAAUGGUGGCCGCUGUCUGAGGGAGCGUCUGGAGAAGAUUGGCCUCAACCUGCCCGCCGGGCGACGCAAGGCCGCCAACGUCACUCUCCUAACCUCUCUAGUGGAGGGUGAGGCCGUCCAUCUGGCGCGGGACUUUGGUUAUGUGUGUGAGACAGAGUUUCCAGCGCGAGCAACAGCCGAGUAUCUGUGCCGGCAGAGCGAGCCGGACCAGCUCCCAACACGGCGCAGCAUGCUGCUCGCCACCAAGGAGAUCUGCAAGGAGUUCGUGGACAUGAUGUCCCAGGACCGCUCUCCGCUGGGCGGCAGUCGACCCACCCCCUGCCUGGAGCCCGGCGUCCAGGGGAGCCUCACCCACUUCAGCCUGCUCACCCACGGCUUCGGCACUCCCGCCAUCUGCGCCGCGCUCUCCGCCUUCCAGAGCUACCUGAUGGAGGCCAUCAAAAUGCUGGACAAGGGGGAGGGUGGAGGGAAGAACCACCACGACAAGGAGAUGAAGCACCGCAAAUAGAAACAGGGGGACGGACGGACGGGACGUGCUCGCGGAUGGAUGGACCGGAGGCGGGAAGGGGGGGGGGGGGGAAAGAGGGAGGGGGUGGGUGAGGGGAACUCAAGUGCUGCCCCUCUGAGUCUUCACCCUCACCCUCAGGACAAAUACUGAGACUUUCACCUCCCGGGGGGAAAAAAAACAACCCCUCUGCGGCCCCUCUGGUCCAGGAGGCGGGGGGCCGUGAUGAUAUCUGUACUGUAAUGUGUGUCCACAACCACCUCACUCAACAUGACGCAUGGACUCUCUCCUCAGUAGCUGGUUUGUGUCACGGAGGCGUCUACGAGACACCUCUUCAGGAUGAGCUCCUACAUGUGGCUGUAUUUACCCCCCCACC